AUGGCCAAACGCGUAAAUGAAAACCGCGUAAAUUCAGACUCAACUGCACUUUGUGUUUUGUGUGCUCUCGCAAUACCUAAGCGACCAGCUACUAAAACUCCCAGCAAUGUUGCUAAGAGAUCACGUGUGGCAGUUGCGUUGGACGUGAAAUUGGAUAUCGUAAAAAGACAUGAACACGGAAAAGGAACGUCAGUGAUUGGGCGCGUGCACGGCUUGGCUCCCUCUACGGUGCAUUUGAUAGUCAAAAGUGCUGAUGAGAUCAAAGAGAUGGCCGGGUCUGCAACACCACUGACGGCUACGAAGGUGACGAGGUUCCGUGAUGCUGAGAUAGAGAGUAUGGAGCGGAUGUUGAGCACGUGGAUCGACGACCAGACCCAGCGCCUUAAAACACCUUUAUCGCAACGCAUGAUUCAACAGAAGGCAGUGGAGAACAACAGCUCUCAGUGCAAGUUGACAGCGAUACAGUAG